CCACACCUCAGCCCGCCACGACCUGGGCAUCUCUCAUCGCAAUUGUACCAACUUUCGCCUUUGCCCUGUGGCAAUACCAUCACUGUGCUAGACGUUGGUUUUUUUUUUCUUCUUUACUUCGGAUCUUCUUUUCUCAUCGGUAGUGUCAUCGCCCAGCGCACUCAGACUGGAAAACAUGGAGAGCAAGGUCGCCAGGCUGGUGGACAAGGCCUGGGAGAGAUACCUCGAGACCCCCGAGACCGCACGACUGUUGAUCGGCAUUGCAGGGAUUCCAGGCUCAGGCAAAACCAGCAUCUCCCAAGUCGUUACCCACGCCCUCAAUGCCCGCGCCGCCGCCGCAGCAGCAGCAGCAUUAGCGGCGGCUUCCCCCGGCAGCCACCCCGCCGCCGAGGUGGCCGCCUUCGUGCCCAUGGACGGCUUCCACCUGACGCGGGCCCAGCUGUCGGCCAUGCCGGACCCGGCCGCGGCGCACGCCCGGCGCGGCGCCGAGUUCACCUUUGACGGCGCCGGCUUCCUGGCCCUGGUCGAGGCCCUGCGCGCGCCCCUCCUCCCCCAACCACCCCACUCUGCCGCCGCCGCCGCCGCCGCCGACGUGCUCGCGCCGUCCUUCGACCACGCCGUCAAGGACCCCGCGCCAGACUCCAUCGCCGUCCGCCCCGGCCACCGCGUCGUCGUGCUCGAGGGCAACUACCUGCUCCUGGACCGGGAGCCCUGGCGCUCCGCCGCCGCCCUCCUCGACGAGCGCUGGUUCGUUGAGGUCGACCCCGGCGUCGCCCGCCGCCGCCUGGCCGCCCGCCACGUCGCCGCCGGCAUCUGCGCCACGAGGGAGGAGGCAGAGCGCCGCGCCGACGAGAACGACCUCCCCAACGGCCACGAGAUCCUGCGCCUCAGGCUGACCCCGCACGAGGUCAUAGUCAGCGAGGAGGAUGUCGCCUGGGUCGGUGCUCUUCAGAAAUGACCGUGUAUGAGCAGGCAGCUGAAGGAAGACCAGGAUGUAUUAUUAACUAUCUCCAACAACAACCCCAUGUCCUUGAUCUUCCUUUUUUAUCUUUCUUUUCCUCGCGCCAACUUGACUACCUAGGUAUCUAUGUACUCGUCAGGACGGCUGUUAUCUAUCUACCUAUCAAGGUGCACAGUCGCGCCAGAUCACCCCGUAUUUGUCUGAUAGGAUGUAGCGUAACCCUCCAGUUGUCGUGCCGAGGGCCGCGUAUACCGUGCCACCUGAACUCCUUCUCAAAGACUUUGAUAUUCCC